UUAAAAGCGUUUACUUUAGAAGUAACAGUUAUACCUUCUUCUUUUUCUAAUUAUGCUCAUUGUUUCUUAGAACAAUAUUUCUUAUUAGAUAAAAGAUUUAAUCUUAAUACUCACAAGAUAGUAAAUUUCAGAGUUAAUCAAGGAUUUAAAAUUUAUUUAUACGAUAAGGAUUGCAAAACUUUAUAUUAUUCUAGUAAUUCAUUAAAUGCUUUUUGUGCUGACCUGGGUAUACACCACUCUUCUUAUAAAAAACACGUAGCUAAUAAUGAACCUUAUUUAGGCUAUUUCCGUAUAUCUAAUUACCUU